AUGGAAAAAGAGGAUAACAUCGACAACAGUAGCAGCAGUAAUAGUAAUAGUAAUAGUAAUAAUAAUAAUAAUGAAAUAAAUAAUUUUGGAAACCACCACCAUAAUGAUGAUAAUAUAUCAUUUUCUAGUAAUAAUAAUAAUAAUAAUAAUAAUAGUAAUAAAGGCAGUAAUAUUAAUAAUAGUAGUACAACAACAACAACAACAUCAACACCAUUAAUUGGAGGAGAUGGUGGUGGAGAUUCUUGUGAAGUCAAAAGAAGUAGGAAUAUAUUACCACAUGAAGUAUUAUUAACAAGAGUAACAUUUAAAGUUGAAACACCAAUUGGAUACGUUAGAGAGAAUAAUGUUUUAGCAAUCAUUGGUGAUAGUGCAGAGAUUGGAAAUUGGAAAUCAAAGGAUGCACCUCAAAUGGUUAAUUCCGAAUGUACAGAUACUCAUUUAAUUUGGACUAUAAUUUUAUCAUUCCCAAAAGCAACUAGAAUCAAUUAUAAAUAUAUCAUUAAAUCAAAUAGUAAUAAUAGUAAUCAUCAAAAUCAAAAUAAUCAUCAUCAUCAUCAUCAUCACAGAAAUCAAUUAAUUAAUAGCAAUGGGUCAACAUCAUCAAUCACAUCAACAUCAUCGUCAUCGUCAUCAAUUACAAGUAAAUCAAAUUUAGUUGAAUGGGAAGCAAGUAAGGGAUUGAGUAGAACAUUAUCAAUUGAAGGUAUUGAUAUGUUUGUUAAUGAUGGGUUAUUUGGAGUAUUAGAGUCUGGUUCAAAACCAUGGAUUGGUAGAGGUUGGUUACCAGAGGAUGAAUAUCAAUUACGUAUUCAAUUACAAUGUGACGAUAAUCAAUCACCAGUUCAUCUAUAUGAUCAUCUAAUUGAACAAAAUCAAUUGGUACUUCGUUUACAUGAUCCAUUUGGUUUAUCACAAGAUUUUCAUUUACCAAUGACUGGUUUCACCGAAUUGGUAUUACAUACUCAUUCAUUAUCUUCUUUUAGUUUUAGUGUAACUUUAUUAUUAAAAGAUGGUUUGAAUUUACCAAUUACCACCACUACCAACAAUACAACUACUACUACUACCACUACCACCACCGCCACAGCCAAUAGUAAUAUUGGUAGUAAUGGUGCAUCAUCUCCAACAUCAUAUCCAUCAUCACCAAAUGGUUAUAAAGUUUUAGGUAAAUCAUAUAUUUGUUCUAAUCAAGUUUCGACAGAUUUAUGGGGUAAGUUAUAUACUCCAAUAAUUGGGGAGAAGUAUUUCCCAAUUGGUGAAUUUCGUUGCAACUAUUUAGUGGUGACACCAUUUUCUCAUCCUCAAAAUUCACUAUCAAAUCUUUGGCAUUCAUUCGUUGAACAACCUCAAACAUUAAUUGGACAUCGUGGUAAUGGUAAGAACAAUUUUGGUAUCAAUGCAAACGCUGUCACAGAGAAUACAAUUUUAUCAUUUUUAACAGCGGCUCAAUUUGGAGCUAAAAUGGUGGAAUUCGAUUUACAAUUAACCUUUGAUGGUGUACCAGUGAUUUUCCAUGAUUAUGAAAUUGAAAUUGAAACAAAUGAAGGUUUCACAAUGAAAGAGACAAUCAAUCGUUUAACAUUGGAACAAUUUUUAAAGGUGAAACCGACAACAAACAAAAGUGAUUUAAUUAGUCAAAAAUUGAAAAGAUUAAAAUCAUUACGUAUUUCAAAGAGUACAAGUGAUCUAUUAUCAUUAUCAAGUUGUCCAUCUUCAACUUCAUUUGAUCCUUCCUCAUUUUUAGAAAAUGUUACACAAUGUAAUAGUAAUUUGGUUGUCAGUGAUAAUAAUAACAACAAUAAUAAUAAUAAUAAUAAUAAUAAUAAUAAUAAUAAUAAUAAUAAUAAUAAAAAUAAUGAUAAUAAUAAUAAUAAUAAUAAUAAAAAUAAUAAUACAAUUAGACCAUCUAGUAUCAUUCAUGAUCGUUUUUCAACACUUCAAGAUGCUUUUCAUUUAGUACCACAAGAAAUUGGUUUUAUGAUUGAAAUUAAAUAUCCAAAUUUAGCAAUGCAAAAUUUACGUAAGUUUAAAGCACCUGAAAGAAAUGAAUUUAUUGAUAUAAUUUUAAAUAUUGUUUUUAAUGAAACAAAUGAUAGAAGAAUUGCAUUUUUAACAUUUGAUCCAGAUAUCGCAAUUUUAUUAAGAACUAAACAAUUUAGAUAUCCAGUUUUAUUUUUAGUUUGUUGUGAUACACCAACAUUCUUUGAAGAAUUCGACCCAGAUGUAAAUAUUAAUGAUAAUAGAGGUAAUAGCAUUACAAAUGCAAUAUCUUUUGUUAAAACUGUAAAUUUGGAUGGUAUUGUUUGUGAUAGUCAAACAAUUUUAAAUAAUCAUUCUUUUGUAAAUUUAAUUCAUAGUGAUAAUUUAUUAUUAUUCACUUAUGGUAGUAAAAAUGUUGAUCCUGUUAAUGUAAAAAUUCAAAAAGAAUUGGGUGUUGAUGGAAUCAUAGCUGAUAAUAUUACAAAGUUAAAUAAAACCGUUAUUGAAUUACAUACAUGUAAUUGCACGACCUAUUGUGGAUUUAUCCUUGAUGGUUUAAUAUCAGCUGUUGAAGGAGAUGCUUUUUUUAAUUGUAGUAAUAGUAAUAAUUGUGUUUUUAGCCAAAAUGUUAUUAACCAAAUGUUACCAGUAAUUCCAAUGACAUGUAUGGCAGGUGAAUGUAUAAAUAAUAAUAGUAGUGGUAGCCAAAAUAAUAAUAAUACUACAAGUGAUAAUGGUAGUAGAAAUGGUAGCGAAAAUAGUCAUCAUAAUAGUGAUAGUAGUAAUAAUGAUAAUAUUAAAUGCCCAACUUGUGAUUGUAAUAAAUCCACUACUCAUUUCAUGAUAGCAAUAAUUAUUUUUUUGGUUGUUUUGAUAAUUUUAUCUAUAAUAAACAUUAUUCUUGUAUUUAAAAAAAGAAAAAAUAAUUAUACAUAA